CACGGGACGAUGAAAUCUUAAACCUCUCAAGCUCAGAGUCUUUAACUCUUCUUCCCCAAACGAUAAUGACAGGUUCGAUCUCGACCUCUUGGCUCUUGUCGUCUCAUUCGAAUUCAAAGUCAGAUUCCUUCUCUUUCAUAGCUACCUUGAAACCAUUUCGCUAUUAUCCGUUUCAAUCACUGAGCCCUAAUCGGAUUUCGUCGAGGUCUCCGUUGCCUUCAAUUCAAAUUCGAUCUGGAAUCCGAGAGUUACGAGAACGAAUCGACAGUGUUAAGAAUACCCAGAAGAUAACGGAGGCGAUGAGACUCGUGGCGGCAGCUAGAGUUCGUCGAGCUCAAGAUGCAGUCAUAAAGGGUAGACCUUUCACUGAAACCCUAGUGGAGAUUCUCUACUCAAUUAAUCAAUGUGCUCAAUUGGAAGACAUUGAUUUUCCUCUGAGCAUUGUUAGACCUGUGAAGAGAGUUGCUUUAGUUGUUGUUACUGGUGAUAAAGGAUUGUGUGGUGGUUUCAACAAUGCAGUCAUCAAGAAAGCUACUAUGCGAGUUCAAGAGUUGAAGCAAAGAGGAAUAGACUGUGUUGUGAUUAGUGUGGGUAAGAAAGGGAAUGCGUAUUUUAGUCGGAGAGAUGAAUUCGAUGUUGAUAAAUGUAUUGAAGGAGGAGGUGUUUUCCCAACGACUAAAGAAGCUCAAGUUAUUGCAGAUGAUGUCUUUUCGUUGUUUGUGAGUGAAGAGGUUGAUAAAGUUGAGCUUGUUUACACAAAGUUUGUGUCUUUGGUGAAAUCUGAUCCUGUGAUCCAUACUCUGUUGCCUUUGUCGAUGAAAGGAGAGUCUUGUGAUGUGAAAGGAGAGUGUGUUGAUGCUAUGGAGGAUGAGAUGUUUAGGCUAACGAGCAAAGAUGGGAAGUUAGCUGUGGAAAGGACCAAACUUGAAGUUGAAAAGCCUGAGAUAUCACCAUUGAUGCAGUUUGAGCAAGACCCUGUUCAGAUUCUUGAUGCAAUGAUGCCUUUGUAUCUCAACAGUCAGAUUCUACGAGCACUGCAGGAAUCUUUGGCGAGUGAGCUCGCGUCGAGGAUGAAUGCGAUGAGUAAUGCGAGUGAUAAUGCGGUUGAAUUGAAGAAGAAUCUGACGAUGGCUUAUAAUCGAGCGAGACAGGCUAAGAUCACUGGGGAGUUGCUAGAGAUUGUGGCUGGAGCAGAGGCUCUUCGAGAGUCUUAGUUAGAAAUGUGUAAAACCAUUUGUUGUUUGUGGUAAUAAAUGUCUUGAAAGAAC